CGGAUUGUCGUCUGUCAAUGGCCUUUCGUUCGCUUGUGGGACGGGUCUUCCCCUCCAUGCUUCCUGCCAGCGCGGCUUCUGCCCACGUUGCACGCGACAGACUUCAGAUCAUCCUUGCCAAGUCGCGCAUGGACGCAUCGUCGUCACUGACAGAAGCUGUUGACAUGGCCAAGAUGCAGGAGGAUCUCCUUGCCGUCGUCCGCAAGCAUCUCAAGACCUCUUAUGACGUCGCCACCGACGACAUUGUGUGCAACAUCCGUCGGGAUGGCAGCCUCGAGGUGUUCGAGCUGCAGAUUAACAUGAACGCGUAACCUC